AUGCUUUUUGAUAGUGUAGGCUCUUUGUUAUUGCCUAAUUAUAUUACAGGUAGUUUAUAUGUCGAGGGAAGGAUUGUACCGAUCUCUACCACAAACUGCAAUCUUUUCACUGAAAAAUUAUUCAGGUCACGUUUUGCGCCAUCGAGGAUGGAGCAGGUUGGAUAG